UGAUCUCACCCAACCUAAGAUUGUAAAAUAGAAACCCCUUCCAUAUUUAUCGAAAUCCCGAGAUUUCUCACAGAAUCUGCAGAAAACGAAGAACGAAGUGAAACGAGUAGAAGAAACACUUGUGCUUAACCAUGGCCGUGAUCUCCGUCCACGGCGAUGGCCGCCAUCACAACCACCUCCAUCCGCCGCAGCUCACUGGUUCCGCCGGCUCCUCUCGACCGUUUUUCUCCAGUGAUUGCAUCGAGCCUUCCUCGCUAAGCCUUCUACCCUUACACGGCCAUGCUUCUUCUACCGAAGCUGAUGAAGAACUCUAUUUGUCACUUGCACACCAAAUGUAUAAAUCUGGGAACCAUAAGCAAGCGCUAGAACAUAGUAAAGCUGUUUAUGAGAGAAAUCCGCUUCAUGUUGACAAUUUACUUCUUAUGGGUGCAAUUUAUUACCAGUUGCGUGAUUUUGAUAUGUGUAUUGCAAAAAAUGAGGAGGCGCUUGGGAUUGAUUCCCGUUUUGCUGAGUGUUAUGGGAACAUGGCAAAUGCGUGGAAGGAAAAAGGAAACGUUGACAUUGCCAUUCAAUACUACCUGAUUGCCAUUGAUAUAAAUCCAAAUUUUGCUGAUGCGUGGUCAAACCUAGCUAGUGCAUACAUGCAUAAAGGGAGAGUCGCUGAAGCAGUACGGUGCUGUCGACAAGCACUAGCUAUAAAUCCUCUGAUGGUAGAUGCUCAUAGCAACCUGGGAAACCUAAUGAAAGCUCGAGGGUUGGUGCAAGAAGCAUACAGUUGUUACUUUGAGGCAUUGCGCAUUCAACCUACUUUUGCUAUUGCGUGGUCAAAUCUUGCUGGUCUUUUCAUGGAGUCUGGUGAUUUCAACAGAGCCCUUCAGUAUUACAAAGAAGCAGUGAAACUCAAACCUUCCUUUCCUGAUGCAUACCUGAACAUGGGACAUGUGUACAAAGCUUUAGGAAUGGCUCAACAAGCUACUGCAUGUUACCAAAAUACUCUUCAGACACGGCCUAACUGUGCCAUAGCUUAUGGUAACUUGGCAAGUAUAUACUAUGAGCAAGGACAACUGGAAAAUACAAUUUUACAUUAUAAGCAAGCUAUCGCAUGUGACCCCAGAUUUUCAGAGGCUUACAAUAAUUUGGGCAAUGCACUAAAAGAUGUUGGCAGAGUGGAAGAAGCAAUCCAUUGCUACAAUCAAUGCCUUGCCUUGCAAGAUAACCACCCCCAAGCACUGACCAAUCUUGGAAAUGUAUACAUGGAAUUGAAUAUGGUGUCUGCUGCUGCUUCAUAUUACAAGGCUGCACUAUGUGUGACUACUGGAUUGUCUGCUCCUUACAACAACCUUGCUAUAAUCUAUAAGCAGCAGGGGAAUUAUGCAGAUGCCAUAUCAUGCUAUAAUAAGGUUCUCUGCAAUGACCCCCUGGCAGCUGAUGCCUUUGUAAAUAGAGGCAAUACAUUUAAGGAGGUUGGUAGAGUAAGUGACGCUAUCCAAGAUUAUAUACGGGCAAUUGCUGUCAAACCCUCUAUGGCUGAAGCCCAUGCUAAUUUGGCUUCAGCUUAUAAGGACAGUGGGCAUGUAGAGGCUGCCGUAAAGAGCUACGAACAAGCAUUAAUUCUUCGUCCAGACUUUCCAGAAGCAACCUGUAAUCUCUUGCAUACACUUCAGUGUGUCUGCAGUUGGGAGGAUCGUGAUAAAAUGUUCAGUGAAGUUGAAGGGAUCCUCAUGAAGCAAAUUAAUAUAUCAGUUCUUCCUAGUGUUCAGCCCUUCCAUGCAAUAGCAUAUCCACUUGACCCAAUGCUAGCUCUGGAAAUCAGUCGUAAAUAUGCUUCCCAUUGCUCCUUAAUUGCAUCUCGAUUUGCUCUGCCUCCAUUUAGCCAUCCUGCCCCUGUCCCAAUCAAAUGUGAGGGGGGGUAUGAGAGAUUACGGGUUGGGUAUGUCCCAAUCAAAUGUGAGGGGGGGUAUGAGAGAUUACGGGUUGGGUAUGUGAGUAGUGACUUUGGUAAUCACCCCUUGUCACAUCUAAUGGGAUCUAUUUUUGGUAUGCACAACAGGAAGAAUGUUGAGGUGUUCUGUUAUGCCCUGAGUCCAAGUGACGGUAGUGAAUGGAGGCAACGCAUUCAGUUUGAAGCUGAGCACUUUGUGGAUGUUUCUGCCAUGUCAUCUGAUCAUAUAGCAAAAAUGAUUAACCAGGAUAAUAUACAUAUCCUUGUCAACCUUAAUGGAUAUACAAAGGGUGCCAGAAAUGAGAUUUUUGCUAUGCAACCUGCACCGAUUCAAGUUUCAUAUAUGGGAUUCCCUGGAACAACAGGAGCAACAUAUAUAGACUAUUUGGUGACAGAUGAGUUUGUCUCACCACUUGGGUCUGCUCAUAUAUAUUCUGAAAAACUUGUUCAUCUUCCCCAUUGCUACUUUGUAAAUGAUUAUAAACAGAAAAAUCAGGAUGUAUUGAAUCCAAAAUGUCAGCACAAACGAUCAGACUAUGGGCUGCCUGAAGAUAAAUUUGUAUUUGCAUGCUUCAAUCAACUAUACAAGAUGGAUCCUGAGAUAUUUAGUACAUGGUGCAGAAUUCUUAAACGUGUACCCAAUAGUGCACUUUGGCUACUAAGAUUUCCAGCAGCUGGCGAAAGGAGACUGAGGGCAUAUGCUGCUGCACAAGGGUUACAACCAGACCAAAUUAUUUUCACAGAUGUUGCAAUGAAGAAUGAACAUAUCAGGCGAAGUGCUUUAGCAGACUUAUUUCUUGACACGCCUUUAUGCAAUGCGCACACAACAGGAACAGAUAUAUUAUGGGCGGGUUUGCCUAUGAUCACUCUACCUCUGGAGAAAAUGGCUACUCGAGUUGCCGGAUCACUCUGUCUUGCUACUGGACUUGGGGAGGAGAUGAUCGUUCCCAGCAUGAAAGAGUAUGAAGAGAGGGCAGUAUCACUGGCCUUGAGUCGCCCAAAGCUUCAAGCUCUCACUAAUAAGCUUAAGUCUGUUCGCAUGACUUGCCCUCUAUUUGACACAGCUCGCUGGGUGAGGAAUCUUGAAAGAGGAUAUUUUAAAAUGUGGAAUCUACAUUGCUCUGGUCAACGUCCCCAACAUUUCAAGGUCACUGAAAAUGAUCUUGAAUAUCCUUAUGAUAGAUAGAUAGAUAGAUAGAUAGAUAGAUAGAUAGAUAUAGGUGUUAGACGAGACUGUAUAUAAGAAAAUCAAGAAAAAGUAGACCAAUCUUGUGCUUGCUAUGUUGAUGAAUCUGGGUGUAAUUCUGUCGUAGCAAUCACGAAUAUAUCUAUUUUGCUAGCAAUCAUGGAUGAGUAAUUUAUUGUGUUUUGGCUU